UGAACCUCGUGUCGAAAGUCCUGCCAAUCACAACAUGAAUGCCACAGCAAGCGCUGACUGGGGGAUGGGUGACUCAGAGAGCUUUGUGCUUUUCCGUCCGAUCAUCCAUUCCCGUGGCUCGCACACGGUUGUAAGGCUCAUGCAGGUUAGACGGCAGGUGAUAUUUAGACUUUUAGGCUAUACACCUCCACUUCUUUCUUUCAUCCACAUCUUUCCUACUCUUCAUAACGUAUUUGACAUUAGUAACGUUCCUGUCUGUGACAAGCAGAAGCGCUUCUCCAUCGACGGUCGUUCACAGGUCACUCUCAAGCACUGGACACCGCGCCAUGGACAUACCCAUCCUAUCGAGGAUUGCGGGUUUCCUCGGAAUCACGUCGCUACAAGCAACUGGACGGGAUGCAUACAUCAUCAUCACCCUGCGCUCUCUGCGCAUGUUCACGUCCGGAAUCCCAUCGUUGAUCCUCGCUCUGUUCUUUGCCUCGCUCAAGUUUCCGGAUUCGAGGAUCGGAGUGUUCAUGACAUUGACAUUGCUCGGCGAUGUGUUUCUGUCAUUGCUGCUCACGCUUGUUGCCGACAAACUGGGCCGGCGAAGGAUAUUGUUCGGUGGCAGUGUUAUGAUGGCGAUGUCUGGUGUUACUUUUGCUCUGUCGGAGAGUUUUUGGAUUUUGCUAAUUGCAGCUGUUUUUGGAAUCAUCAGUGUCACCGGCGCUGACUGUGGUCCUUUUCGAGCUGUCGAAGAGAGCAUUUUGAGUGGGCUGACAGACGAAACAACUCGCAGUGACGUGUUGACUUGGUAUGUCACAUUCACAACAAUGGCGGGCGCCGUAGGUGCCGAAGUCGCAGGACGUGUAGUCCACGCUCUGGAAAAAAGGCACAAUGUUGUUAAGGCCUACCAUGCUUUGUUCUGGGCUUACGCAGCUUUUGGAGUCAUCGGCAGCAUCCUUUGUCUGAGUCUCAGUGAACGAUGCGAAGCAGCUGGCGAAAAGCGCGCAGAGAUGCAAGAACGGGGACGAGGUGGCGACGGAGAAGAGGAGGAAGUCUUGUUGGAAGCUAUGAUAUCUAGCACGGCGGACGGUUUCGAAAAUGAAGGAGGUCGCCGCGGUCGUCAGGCGGACGUUCAAAUCCCACUGAAGAGCAAGCAGAGCUACUUCAGCCAGAUCUCGAAAACAACGCGCUCCAUCAUGUACAAGCUUUGGAUUCUCUUGGCCAUCGACUCCCUUGCAGACGGUAUGACCCCAUACUCGCUUAUGAAUUACUACAUCGAACAGAAAUUCAAUGUUUCGAAAGCGACUCUGGGUGACAUUACCUCUGCUUCGCAAUUUCUAUGCGCUUUCAGCGCCGUCUUUGCUGGGCCACUUGCUAAGAAGAUUGGACUCAUCAAUACGAUGGUGUUCACCCACCUGCCGUCUUCGAUUGCAAGCGCAUUCAUCCCGCUCCCCCAAACCGUUGGCCCAACUAUCGGGAUCCUACUGUUCCGGGCUGCGCUCAACAGUAUGGAUCAAGCUCCGCGUACUGCGUUUAUUGCGGCUGUCGUCAAGCCUGAAGAGCGUACAGGCGCAAUGGGCAUCACGAGUAUGGUCAGGACGUUAGCCAUGAGUGCCGGACCUUCAAUUACCGGUCUGUUAUCCGGAUACAAUGUAUUCUGGAUCGCUUUCCUCGCCACAGGUACUUGCAGGAUCAUCUACGAUCUGGGCUUGUGGGUCCUGUUCUCGACUGUGAAGAUUGACAACAAGCCCGCUGCAAGAGAAGACGAUCUCAGCAGCGUGGAUGAUGAGGCCUGGAACGGUCUGCUGAGUGACAGCGACAACGACAGCAACCUCGACUUCGAGGGCAGAAAGAGUGAGGACCUGGAAAGCGUUCAAAAUAGGGUAUAGGCGUAGCUGGCCUGCUACGGAUGUCACAAUCAAGGACGCUGAACUACUCAGACUGUGCAGUGGUACCUGGCCUAGCCACUUGAGUGAGGAAUUCGACGCGCAAAUAAGGACAUACCUACGACAGUUUUCAUAGUGACUAUCGCAUGUUCAACGAGGCAACUUUAGCUACGACAGAACGAGCCGCACCAGAUAGACUACACAAUUGACGAAAAGACCAAUG